GAGAUAGUGAGAGAGAGAGAGAGAGAGAGACUGGUCAGAGGAAGGUGCGAACAAGCUGUAGGUUUUCCACUCUUAGCGCACAGCACUCUUGCUGUAGUACAGGGACAGAUGUGCACUUUGGACGGUGGUGCACAGCUAAAGCGCGCGGAGAGGCUGCAGUGGCAGGAAUCAUUGCUUCAGCUCGUGACAUGCUGAGGCUUUAAAUGAGCGGAUUUUACACGCAUCACCUUCUCUAAAGCGAAAGAACAAACCCAGCAACGAUGUGGCAGUUCUCCUUGUUUUUACACUCCUAAGAUUUGUUGUUGUUGUUGUUGUUGUUAUACUGCGUUACAUGUAAAGGAUUUGUUUUGCUCGUAUGAGAUAACGCUUCACCCGUCCCGGGAACUGCAGCCUCCGACGCCAGGCGGGAGAGAUGCCUGGGUGAGCCGCUCCGUGUGUGUGAGUGCGUCUAACGGAGGAACGAGGCGAGCUGCGUGCGUUGUUUAAAGCUCCUCUCCGACUUGUAGGAAUGUUGUAAACAGAGAAAAGCGAGCAGAGAGACUCAGGAAGAGAGAGAGAGAGAGAGAGAAAGAGAGAGAGAGAGGUUGCCAAACGCAGAGGAUAUUAUGGCUUUCCCAGCGCUCUGGCUCGUCGUGUUCGCCUUCACCAACUUGCGCGUGACUCACGGGAACAACCGCCAUGCCGUGUACUGGAACAGCUCCAAUAUACAUUUACGGAGAGAGGGCUACACUGUGCAGGUCAACGUCAAUGACUACCUGGACAUCUACUGCCCGCACUACAACACAAGCCAUCGGGGGGUGCUAGAGCGUGGUGUGGCUGAGCAGUAUGUACUUUACAUGGUUAGCUACCGUGGCUAUCGCAACUGUGACCCGCAGACGGGCUUCAAACGUUGGGAGUGCAAUCGCCCACACGCACCACACGGACCAAUCAAAUUCUCUGAGAAGUUUCAACGCUACAGUGCCUUCUCGCUCGGCUACGAGUUCAACGUGGGCCACGAGUAUUAUUACAUAUCCACACCCACCCAUCACCAUGGCCACAGCUGUUUAAGACUGAGGGUAUUUGUGUGCUGUUCUACACUUUCGCAUGCAGGUGAUGAUGCAGACCAAAACCCUCCUGAGUACACAGCCAGACCUAAAAUACACAACAUUGAUGAGUUUAACCGUAACAUUCCCAAACUGGAGAAGAGCGUCAGCGGUAGCAGUCCCUCUCGAGAUCGUCUGUUGAUGACCAUUGCGAUGUUGCUCCUGGGUGCCCUUCUCAUCUCCUAGCCACUGUCUCCCUUGUGACUUUUCAAACCUACUAGUAGAACUAAUAGGGAAAUAUAGCAUUAGAUCUAUUACACCCAAACAGUGGCCUUUGGGACCGAGGGCUGGACAAAGUGAAUGAUCCAAAAAUGCCCUCAACUGGAUGGAUGAUUGAAUAUCUGAAUGUUGAAAUGUGAACUUGCCUUUUUGAUGGAACAUCAGCUAUUAUCUUCUCCUUAGGAUAUAAAGGAUGAAGACCUUGAAUGGAAUAUUGAAGCAUUUCUCAUCUAAUUAUACAGACAACUACAUCUGGAUUAUAGUAGGCUCUGUGCAUCUCACACUGCUUAUACAUUCUGUAAAGUGGACAUUGUUGGACAGUGUGAGCUUGUCUCAAGAACAUACUGCAACUGCGAAACUACUGGAUGCAUCAAUUACCAGGUUGGUGAUAAAGACCAAAUAGAUCCUCUACAGGAUUGCAUCCAGCUGUUAGAGUCAAGGUGCAAGACUUACGAGACUUAGACUCACCAUUUUUGUUACUUUCAGCAAAUUGUGUUUAGAGUGCAAUGGAACUCAAUGGAACAAGAAGAAUUCUGCUUGCUCAUGUAUUUGCUAAAAUUGAAAAUAUUGAUUAGCAACACAGUGUGAAGAUGGUCAUCAGAUACUAAGCUAACUUCAGUAAUGAUGACAUUCUUGACCAUUUCAGGUUAAAGGCUAAAGUCUGACAUACUGAUCUUGGCUCAGCAUCCUGAGCUAAUGUUAAAUUAUAUUCCCACCUGUGACCACAAUGCUCCAAUGUCUGCAUUCUCUUUCUACCUGAUCUUACAAGUUAUACUUCACAUAAGGUCUUUACAAUGAAGGUGAAGCAAAUGAUACUUAUUGCUAAAUAAAUGAACUUCUUUGCAGGUGAUUUCCUGUAAUGUUUUACCACCCAGGGAAUAACCCUGUAUAAUGUACUAAACAUACCGUGCCUGAGAAGGUGUGUCACUGUUUAGCAUAGCGACCAUUUUGUAAAAGGACGUGAGUUGUAAACUGCAGAUCACCAUUUUAUAUUAAAUAAUUGCAGUUUGGAAAUAUGCUUUACUGUACAGUUUACAUUUAGUAAUAGCUUUGUGUGGCAUUGGUGCUUUAUUUAUUGAUCUACAGUAUUUAUUUAUUAGGUGAGUGGAACGCGACUGACUUCUCAUGAGGAUCAAUAAUACAGCGGAUCAGAAAGCAAGAUUCAAAAGAUCCAAAAAUUUAGUAGGAUGAGAUUCUGUACUCAUCUACUCAGGCUGUAGUCAGCAACAGAGAGAACUGUUGGAAAGUCUGUGAAAGGUUGUUUUUUCAGUGUUUCUCCCAAAGGGAAUUUAUGACAUUAAAUUAUUAUUAUUAUUAUUUUGGUAUAUGUGUAUCAUUUUUCCCCCAGGUGACAUGCAUAGACGUGUGCCAGCUACUUCAGAUAAUCAUUGUGAA